UAAGUCUCUUCACUGCUGCUAGGUACGCUAGUUACAAUUUUUUCUUCUUUACCAUAUAAGCAAAGAAACAUCUUUGAAUUUUGAGAUAUCUGAAAUAUCAUUUCAUAAAAAGAAAACUUAUUGCAAGGAAAUGUCAACAAAUAUUAAUGAUUAUCCAUCAUGCAUUAAAAUUCCAAAUACAAAACAAGAUCAUAAAACUAUACAAUAUCAAACGAAAGAAAGUUUACCAUUAGCUGUACAACAAAAGAAAAUAACACGUGUAAACAAUGCAUUGUUGUCAUUGGCAAAUCAAAUAUUUGGAGAAGAAAAGUGGAGUUAUUCUAUUACUAAUCAAACAUUAGAUUUUGUUGACUCUACCUGGGGUAUUUAUAUUGUUGGAUGUUAUACAUUAAUAAAAAUACAAUUACAUUCAGGAAUUUUUCAUGAAGAUAUGGGAUAUAGUGUUAAGGAAGGAUCAGUGAAAGGUGAAGCUAUACAUUGUGCUAGACUUGCUUCUUACAAUGAUGCAUUAAUCAAAGUUUUAUGUAGUUUUGGUGGUAAAAUAAAGAUAGAAACUGAGCAACUUGCAAAGGAACUUUCUAAUUCUCUUACUCUUUCUAAAAACAAAUUGUCUCCUCCAGUAAGCCAUGAUAUAAAUGAAACAAAAGAAAAAGAAGAAACAGUAGUCGAAAAUACAAAUAAUCCAUUGUGCCAAAUACCAGAAGUUUCCAAAUCAAACAUCAAUAACAUAUCUUCAAAUAAUGAUGAAAGUUGUAUGAAAAAUCAGUUAACUUCAAAACCAAAUAUUGUUGCAGAUCAAGAAGAUAUGAACAAUAAGAAAUUAUCUAUGGAAGAAAUAAUGCGUCAAGAGAGAAAGAGAAAACAAAUGGAAAAACAAAUGGAAUAUAGAAGACUUAUGAAAGAAAAAGAAUUAAAAGGAAAGUAAUAAUUAACAAAAAGGAUAACAUUAAAUUUAGAAUACAGCUGGAUCUCAUCAUUUUUUUUCUUUCAUCUCCAAAGGUAAUGAAUAGAACUUCAUCUAAAAAUAAGCUUAAUACAAAACUAAACCUUAUAUAUAUUAAGUACAAUCACAUUAAAAAAAUAUUGUACCUAUUAAAUAUUGUUAAGUAUUGUACUAUAAAAAAUGUCUUGAUUUAUAAGAUGAUUUAAAAGUAUCAUAAUU